GGGGCAGGACGCGGGGCCCCGCGGCGGAGGAUGCCGGGGGUGAGCCCGGAGGCUCGGCUGGGCUGGGCUGGGCUGGGACGGGCCCCACCGGCCGGCGGUGGGGUGGCCGGGGGGAAGCGAGGAGGGGUCCCUCCGGCCCGCCCUGGCUCGGCCCCGCUGCGAGCAGGAGGGCGGCUGGGAUCCGGGCUCCGGGCUCCGGUCCUUUGGCCAGCGGCGGUGCGGGGAGCGAGCGGGAGGGACCCCGGACGGCGCUGCCGGCACGGAGGGGUUGAGGGCCCGCAAGCCCUUGGAGCUCCGGGAGCCGGCAGUCCCGUCCCCCCCUCCCCGUCCUCUCCGUCCCCGGGGGUGUCCCCACUUUCCCCCCAUUCCUAACGCGUUGUUGUGUGGCAGCUGCCCCAUGGAAGGUGAAGGAGCAGCGGCUCGUCCCGUGAAGACCCCCCCGAACGCCGGGGCUGCGCAGGAGCUCUCGAAAGGGGGUGAGAAUGGAGCCGAGGGAGCAGCAGGCGCAGAGGAGCUGGGUGCGAGCAGGGACACGGGGGACAGCGGUGUCCCCCCGGCGCGUCUGCGGCCGGACCACGACAUGGCACGCUUGGGCCAUGGGGAUGGUGGAGCAGAUGCUCUCACGAAGCCCUCGAUGGACAGGCAGCAGAGCACCGAGCUCUCAGGCCUUGACAGUUUCCCCUUGAAGCACUCGAACACGCUGACGAACAGGCAGCGAGGGAACGAGAUCUCAGCCCUCCCAGCCACACUGGACACACUGUCCAUUCACCAGCUCGCUGCCCAGGGAGAGCUCAGCCAGCUCAAAGAGCACCUUCGGAAAGGCGAGAACUUGGUCAAUAAACCUGAUGAGAGAGGUUUCACGCCGCUGAUCUGGGCUGCAGCCUUUGGAGAGAUUGAAACGGUCCGGCACCUGCUGGAAUGGGGUGCUGACCCCCAUGCACUGGCGAAGGAGCGGGAGAGCGCCCUGUCCCUGGCCAGCAUGGGUGGCUACACUGACAUCGUCACCAUGCUGCUCGAGAGGAACGUGGACAUCAACAUCUAUGACUGGAACGGUGGCACUCCUCUGCUCUACGCCGUGCGUGGCAAUCACGUCAAGUGUGUCGAGGCCCUACUAGCUCGCGGCGCUGACCUGACAGAAGAGGCAGAUUCUGGCUACACCCCGAUGGAUCUGGCUGUGGCCCUGGGACACAAGAAAGUCCAACAGGUUAUGGAAAACCACAUCCUCAAGCUAUUUCAGAACAAGGAGCUGGAAUGACACAGCUGCUCCCGCUGCAGCUGCAGCAUUUCUCCUGCCCAGCAAAGGGCUCUCCUCUGGGAACACCAUGGCCUCACCCAGCCGUUCUGGAAUGGGCAGUGGCGUGAUGCUGCAAGCAACGAGGACAUGGAGGAAGCUGGGAACUGCCUGUCCUGGGUGGAUCUGUGCCUCUCCUGGAGGUGACACUGCCAUGGGGCCUCACACCUGGGGACACACACCUGCUGUGUCCAGGCUCAGCUGCUCUGCUCGUGUUUGCAUUCAAACCAUACGAACAGGUAUCAUGUCAUUGGAAUUAAACUUGAAAGCAGCCGUGUGGA